GUAUCCAAAACAAACAGUUUUUUUCAGUAAUCAAAAGGGUUUAAUUAAUUUUCAGCACUGAUCAACCAUGGUGAAGUUAAGCAUUGUUCUUUUGGCAACUUUGAUGGCCAUGGCACCAUUGUUAAUCAUGGCGUCACGACCCGGCGGUGGCGGCGAAGGCGGGUAUUCGGAUUUGGACCGGAGUCCUUACUCGGUUGAGAGAUGGUUCAAAAGGCUUCGUCACGCGAGGGAGAAGUUAACCCGGCUUCAUUUCUUCUUCCAGGAUAAAGUCUCCGGGAAGAGACCCACAGCCGAGGAGAUCGCCCGGGCCAACGUGACCUCCGAGUCACCCACAUUCUUCGGUCUGACCCGGGUUUUCGAUGACCCGUUAACGGUUGGACCGUCACCUCACUCGAAGACCAUCGGGCACGGCCAAGGGAUUUAUUCUCUAACAUCUCAGGAGGAUUUGAGCUUGCUUUUCUCCUUCAACUUUGUGUUCACCGAAGGCAAGUACAAAGGCAGCACCAUCAGCGUUCAAGGUCGGAAUCCGCUCAGUGCAAAGUACCGGGAGAUGCCCAUUAUUGGUGGCACAGGGGCUUUCCGACUGGCCAAAGGAAGCGCGAUCCUCUCGACUUUUUGGUCUAAUGAAACAAGUCAAGAUGGCAUUGUUGAAUUCACGCUCAUGGUUGUGCAUUAUGAGGAGCUCAAGUAUGAUCACCAAGAUAUUGAACUUGUCCAUGGGUUCUAGUCAACGUUUUUUCGCGCUUUCUCUGUGCCCGCUUAAAACAUCUCAUGAUGAUCUAACAAUAAUCGAGAAAGGCUCCUAGUCAUUUCUUGUUAGUGAGUGAAUAAGGUUGAUUGCGCGCGUUCCUCUGCUGGUGCUGGGAUGAUGCGCCACACCUUUCUGCCGGAUUUGGAUUUAUUUGUUAGAAAUUGCGAUAGAGAGCAAAACUGAUCGAUUUCUCUUCAUGGCGUACUGUUUGAAGAUUUUUCAUGCAAGCGAAGUUUUUUUUUUUUUUUCACUUGUGAUUUCUUUUGUUUCUCUUUUUUUUUGAUACCCACUGGCUCCCCCUGUUCUAAUAAUGCUUAGUGUUAUUCGGAAACAUUAACUAAGAAAGAAAAUUGGUUUAAAGCA